UUGCCCACGCCGUGGUUCGCCUCCGGCGCUGAGCUCGGGCCCACCGCCUCCGCCUGCGUGAAAUGCGCCGAUCGGGGGGAAGGCGGCGGGGACGAUCCGCAAGAGACGGUGGAGGAGAUUCAGGUGGUGCGUUGGUCGCCGCCGGCCGAGAGCAGCUCGAGCGGCGAGGAGGAGGCGGAAGCCUGCGGGAAUGCGGUGGUGUUUGGGAAACGACGCCGUUUGGACGGUUCUUCUGCAAAUAGCGGAUGCAAUGAAGACGAAAGCUCGUCAUCCUCCUCGGCGCGUGCGACGGUGCUGCCAAAUGCGGGUAAGAAUCGGAUCGGUGCACGCGGGUCGGGACAGAUUGGAGUCAAUGAUGGGCAUUUGACCAGGGCCGAAUAA